UAGGAUUUAAUAUUUAUAAUUUUGAAAAAUAUUGUUUAAAUUUUGAAAAUCUUGUUUAGUAAGAAAAAUUGUAUGAUUGUAAAAGCAUACUUAAGUAAUAUUUCAAAAUUUGUAAAAUAUUCUAUAUUUCUAUUAUUAUAUUAUUUAUUGACAUAUUUGAAUUGAUUUGAUUCAAAGAUGACAUAUGAAUUAUUACCAUGUUUUGAAAAAUUUACAAAAAUUAGAAAUGAAUAUUAAAUGUAGUUGACCAUGUCAUUUUUUCUAGUAUAUCAUAUCACUUUUUUUUAGUGAAAGUGAUUAUAGAGAUGAUAUGUGUUAAAUCAACUUCACAAAUAAUGUCUACAAAAUUUUGGUGAAAAAAUUUCAUCAUCUCAGAAAUUAGAAACGUGUAGAGAUAAAAAUCCACCACAAUCUCUCUGGCCUCUAUAGCUAAUCUUUAAAAACCCUUACUUAUUCUCCUCUCCUUUUCGAUUUGAUGUUUACGUUCAUGGAUGCAGCCAGAGUGAAACCUGCUCGUUCCACCAACCCACCGAGCGAAGUUGAUCGGCUAAGCAGUUUGCCAGAUUGCUUGAUAUUACAGAUAUUCUUAAAUCUUCCGACCAAAGAUGUGGUUCAGACUAGUGCGUUGUCCACCAGAUGGACAACUCUCUGGAAAGACGUUCAUGGUCUGGAUUUGGACGCCGAGGAUUUCUAUAUACGCGAAACAUUCGCGAAUUUUGUCGAUAACUUUCUUGAACGCAACCACGGUUUGUCCAUAUAUCGGUUUAAGUUAAAGUACGAUUCUUUUUACUUUGAAGAGCCUGCUGGUCUUAUCAACGGCUGGGUCGACACUGCUGCUAGGCUUAAAGUUGAACAUCUGGAUGUUUCGGACAGUUUUUCCGAAUGGGAUCCCAUGAUGAAUCCAACAGUACUUUACACAUGUAGUAACUUGGUGUCCCUAAGGCUGGUGGGAAUGGGCAUACCUAAUCCCGAGCGUGUUUCUUUACCUUCUCUCAAAACAUUGGUUUUAAUCCUCAUUGAGUUUACAAACGAAUGGGCAUUAGAGAAUUUAAUCUCAAAAUGCCCAGUUCUUGAAAACUUUUGUUUUGAGAGAAGCUACGAUGAUGGAAUACCAAUUUUACGUGUGCAUUCUAAGUCUCUGUUGACCUUCAUGCAUGAUGCGGGUUAUCACGAGGAUUAUGAUGAGGAAGAUCGUUUUGUUGAAAUUGAUGCUCCCAUGCUUAAGUAUCUGAAGAUCAGUGAUGAUAGAUCUUCAAGUUUCAUAAUAAAGAGUCCACCUUCCGUUGUAGAAGCUGAUAUAGAUACUGUGUUUAACUUGACAUCUGAAAGGAGUCUAGGAAUUGCAAAUGAAGUACAAAAGAGAGCGAUGGUUCGUGAUUUUCUCCUUGGGAUCUCUAAGGUCAAGGAUAUGAGCAUCUCCUCAAGUGCUCUCGAGGUCAUAUAUGAUUACUCAAGAUAUGUACAACUACCGGUAUUUCGUAACCUAUAUACCUUGCGUGUCAGGUUCGACAGCUACAUGUGGGAGAUGUUGCCAGUCUUUCUUGAAGUCUGUUCGAAUCUUAAAACUCUUGUCGUGGGAACUUCUGAAAAUCGCAAGAUGGUGGACCUUACUGUUAUUGCCAGGCCUUGGAAUCUGUUAUCAUCUCUAGAGUAUGUUGACAUAGAAAGGCCAUUGAGUGGGGAGGCAUUGGAGAUGACACUAGUGGGUUACUUACUCGAGAACUCACCAAACCUCAAGAAACUGUCAUUAAGUUUUCAUGAUUCCCUAAAGAAAGGAGAAUCUGUCCACAAGCUAACAUUAAGCUUGGAUGAUGCCCCAAAGAAAGAAGAAUCUGACAUCUUCAUAGAACUCCUUAACUUUCCGAGACUCUCUAGCUCAUGCCAAAUUAUUGUACGAUGAUCCUCAUAGUCAUCACCAAUGGACAUAUAAGUUUGUCUUUGAUAACUAUUUGUUGCUUCUUAGUUUAUUAUGACAUUGGAGUGUUGAAGUUUGUAUGAUAAUUAUAGUAUUUAUCAUAUGAGUCAAAUAAGUAUUUGAUU